CUCUCCCACGUUACUCGUUCAGGUCGCGGCUCCUGCGGCCGCCCGGCGCGCGCUUCCCUCUAGAGCGCGCGGAAGCCGGCCCGCCCGCCCGCUCUUCAGCUGCUGCAAUUGCAAAACCGGGUUCCGGCGCGCACAUGGCGCUGCUGAGUUACAGCGCGCGCCAGAUUCGCUGGUAGAAACCGGCUUGAGCCGGUAUAUAAAAAAAGCGGAGCUUGAUGUGGUGUGAACCAGAAGAGACGGCAGCCUUUGCUUUAAAAAGGGGAGCGGGUGCGCGUGGGAAGGCGAGGGAGAUCGCGAACGAAUCGAGCCGAGGGCAGAAAUCCCCCGGAAAAAUUUAAAAAACUCGGGAGCGAAGGGGGCGCUGGCUGGCCAUGGGGCAGCCUUGGCACCAGCAACGGGAGCCUAGCAUCGGAUAACGAGCCAGACUCCCCGCCGCUCUUUCCCGACGAAGGGGGUCUAUUUUUGGAGCAGGACAGACUCCACCUUUUCCAAAAGGGGGUCAAGAGUAUAAGUCUGAAGCGACUGCAGCCCCUUCCCGCGCCUUCUGGAGCGGGGUCUUUGGUUCGCGCUACUGAGGGCGAAGGGGUCGGGUGUUCCAGCCGCUGCCUCAGCAUGUUGCUGACCAGGUCAUAGACCAAAGGUGCUCUUCUCUGCAGCUUGGGGGGGAAUCCUUUUUUCUUCCACACCUUUCUCUCCCCAAGUUGCAGCAGCAACAUCGUCUGCUGACCUGAUCAAAAUGACUGUCAAAACAACCAGAAUGUCAUGCAUUGCCCCAAAUGUUUAUACUAAAGUGCCUGAUGGAGGAUGGGGAUGGAUUGUGGCAUUUGCUUUCUUCUUCGUAGAGGCCUUGACAUAUGGCAUUAUCAAGUCCUUUGGGGUCUUCUUUACUGACUUAAUGGAAUGUUUUAAUGAAACCAACUACAGGAUAUCGUGGAUAAUCUCAAUAUGUGUAUUUGUACUUACGUUUACAGCUCCUCUUUCUACAAUUGCAGCUAAUCGUUUUGGUCAUCGUCUGGUGGUGAUGAUUGGAGGGCUACUGGUCUGUGGUGGAAUGGUUGCUGCUUCCUUUGCACGUACACUGGUUGAAAUGUACAUCUCAAUUGGCAUAGUUUCAGGUUUAGGAUACUGCUUUGCCUUUCUUCCAACUGUUACCAUUCUGUCUCAAUACUUUGACAAAAAGCGCUCAUUGGUCACUGCCGUGGCUUCUACAGGAGAAUGCUUUGCUGUUUUUUCUUUUGCACCAGCUAUCACUGCUUCAAAGGAAUACUUUGGUUGGAGAGCCAGCCUCUUGUUUGUUGGUCUACUGCAGCUUGGAAUUACUGCCUGUGGAUUGCUGCUGCGACCCAUCAAAAUCAUAGCAGAAGAAGAAGUGAAAGCAUCACCAGUGGAACAGCAAAGAGAGACAAAGUACAUGCUUGAAAAUGAACAGACACGCACCUCAAUAGACUCCAUUGACUCUGGAGUAGAAAUAACUACCUCACCUCACAACAUACCUAGAGAUGUCAAGUUGGAACUUAAAAGUGAAGAGCCAAAGGAAAACACGGAGAUGUUCAUAGCCAGUAGUGGCAUUCCUACCAAGGAGCCCAAACCAAAACUCCUAGACUUCUCUGUGUUGAAAGACUACAGCUUUAUUUGUUACGCACUUUUUGGUCUAUUUGCUACUUUGGGAUUCUUUGCUCCUUCCCUAUACAUAAUUCCUCUCAGCAUGAGCCUUGGCAUCAGCAAGGAUUGCUCUGCUUACAUCCUCUCCGCCAUGGCCAUUGCUGAGGUCUUUGGUAGAAUCGGCGCUGGUUGGCUGCUCAACAAAAAGCCCAUCAGAAAAAUUUACAUUGAGCUCAUUUGUGUUAUUCUGCUGGACGUUGCCCUUUUUGCCUUCCCUCUCGCCUACAAUUUUUGGGGGCUAAUGAUGUGUAGUAUUUUCUUUGGAUUCAUGCUCGGGACGGUAGCAGGCACACACAUUCCAAUGCUGGCUGAAGACGAUGUCGUCGGCAUUGAGAGGAUGGCAUCUGCUGCGGGGGUCUAUGUAUUUAUUCAAAGCUUAGCAGGGUUGGCUGGACCACCCCUUGCAGGUGUACUAGUGGAUACCACAAAAAAAUACAGUUCUGCAUUCUAUUCCUGUGCUGGUGGAAUGCUGCUGGCUGCUGUAUUCCUUUCAUUGGUGAGACCUUGCAAGAAUUUAACAUGCCAAAGAAAGAAACAAUCAAUACAAGAGAAUGUCUCGGAGUCUCAGGACGAUUUUAUAGAAACUGAUUUUGGGAAAACAGAGGAUUCUGUAAAGGGCUGUGAUAGCAUAGCUUGAAUUUUAACACAUAUUAUUUAGAGAUUGGGGAAAAACAAGUCAGCUCAAGUCUAUCUUUUAAAACUAACACGUUA